AUGUAUGGGCAUUUACGUCACGGCAGCCUCACUGGGGACUCCAGAAAUGGCUGCGGCGGAAGGUCGGAGCAGCCCCGCUCCCGCUAUAAAGGGGGCGGCGGGGAGGGAGCGCCGGGUGUCCGCUCGGGCUGCGCCGCCGCCGGGCCCUGCCUGCCUCCCCCCGCCCGGCCCUGCCCCCGCAGCGCCCCCGACCCCCGCCCCGGCACCCCCGCACCGCCCCAAGCACCCCCGCACCCCCGGCAUCACCGCGGGGUCCCCGGCCCCCGCCCCGGCACCCCCGCACCGCCCCAAGCACCCCCGGCAUCACCGCGGGGUCCCCGGCCCCCGCCCCGGCACCCCCGCACCGCCCCGGGCUCGCCGAGCCUGGCCCGGCUCAUCCCCGAGCGUCGCUCGGAUCCGUGCGGGCGCCCCGGGCGUUCCCAGCUCACCCCGGGCUCGCCGCGAGCAUCGCCCCUGAGCAUCCAGCGGCUGUCCCUGGGCAGUCCCCGGCUCAUCCCGAGCGCCCGGCUCUCGCCGAGCAUCCCCGGCUCGUCCCAGCCCUGCCCCCCCGCUCCGGCCGCGUCUCCAGGGAAGAUGCUCAACGUUAUGGAUUUCUCCUGCCCGGAUCCGCUUUACUCCAAGUACGAGGAGAGCUGCGAGAUCAAAACCGGAGACCUGCAGGGCUUGGGGCAGCCUGAGCAGCAACUUCUGGCAGAGGCCGAUUUCCUUGGAGGUGAGCUGCUGGGCGUCCCCGGCAGCGGCGGGGCCGUGGAUUACUCCCUGCUGGGCAGCCAGCCCUCCCCUUCCCUCAGCUACACCGGCAGCUUCUUCAUCAAGGCGGUACCGGAGCACCCGCAGGACCAGGAAUCCCUCUUCAACCUGAUGUCGGGGAUCCUGGGCAUCUCCCCCUUCGCCUCCCCCGAGGGCCACCAGAGGCACCUGGACGCUCUUUACCCGUGUCCCGAGGUGGCUCAGAGCCAGCUGGACCUGUACUCGUCGUGCCAGGCCGAGCUGAGCGGAUCCAGCCCGGCCCCGUUCCCGGAGCCGGGCUACGGCGCCUUCCCCGCGGCCGAGGGCGCUCAGCCCCCGCCGGCGCAGCCCGCGCUGGGAAACGCCUCCCAGUGCUUCUUCCAGCCCAAGCUGCUGGACGGCAAGCAGGACGUCAAGCUGUCCUCGGGCUCGCCGCCGCUGGACAAGUUCAAAGCCGCCUGCGCCCCGUGGGAGCCCGUCUCCCAGCAGCACCAGGCCUACCUGCCCGCUGCCUUCCACCCUGCCGAAGGCUUCGCGGCCGCCGAGGGCGGCCAGGGGCUGUUCCACCCGCUGGGCUCCAAGAUGGAGAGCGUCUUGUCCGGCAGCUGCCAGCCGGAGCUCGGCGGCCUGGCAGAGGAGGCCGCCUGCUUCGGAGCCCAUCUGGGCUUCGGCUGCGAGCCGGAGAACUUCCCCGCCCGCGGGGACUUCGCCGACGGCAAGAUGCACAGCCUCCCCGCGCCCUUAUUGCCGGACUUCGACGCCUCCCUGGCGCAGGCCGAGGUCCUGCCGGGCCUGAUGGGCUCCGCCGAGCUCCUGCAUCCUCACCCCUCGCCCUCCGUGCCCCCCACGGACUUUCUGGGCCACCCCACGCCCUCCUCGCUGCCCGCGCUGCUGCCCGGCGCCCCUCCCGCGCCGGCCGAGCCCAGGAAGAAGACGCGGCGCGGCAAGUGCUCCUCCAAGUGCUUCUGCCCCAAGCCCCACGAGAAGGCGUUCGCCUGCCCGGUGGAGAACUGCAUCCGCAGCUUCGCCCGCUCCGACGAGCUCAACCGGCACCUGCGCAUCCACACGGGCCACAAGCCCUUCCAGUGCCGCAUCUGCCUGCGCAACUUCAGCCGCAGCGACCACCUCACCACGCACAUCCGCACCCACACGGGCGAGAAGCCCUUCUCCUGCGACACCUGCGGCCGCCGCUUCGCCCGCUCCGACGAGAAGAAGCGCCACAGCAAGGUGCACCUGAAGCAGAAAGCCCGGACCGAGGAGAAGCUCAAGGGCCUGGGCUUCUUCUCGGUGGGGCUCUCCUUCGGCACCCUCUGAAGCCCCGCUGGGCCUGAGCGCUGCCGGGCGCCGCUGCCCGAGGGCCCCGGGUCUCAGGGGAGAGCCGGGGGGCGGUGCGCCCCGGGGCCCGGAGGAGAGAGCGGCGGGG